GGCGGUGGCACAUCUCGGUCUGCACAACAAUAUAGCUAUUCAUAUUUCACAGCAGCAGUUAUGGCGCCCGGAAGUACUGGGGACGCUCGUUUCGCACGCCUCGAAACGGAUCCUCGUUUCAGGCGACCCAAGAAGAAGCAGCUCAAGGUCGAGAUCGAUGAUCGAUUCAAAGAGAUCAUUCAGGGAGACGAAUUUGCGGAAGAGACCCGCGGUAAAGGAUCACGAAAGAGCGACAAAUACGGUCGACCUUUGGCGAAAUCGCAUCAUGCCGACCAGUUGAAGCAGUUCUACCGCCUUCGUUCACCUUCUCCGUCUGCCGAGGGUGACAAACAGGACGGACAAUUCGUCGACUAUGCUCGAGGUGAAGGACUGCUCGAGUCUUCAGGCUCGGAAGAUGAAGACGAAGAUGAAGCGGAAGAUUCGGACGAGGAAGAGGUCGUCGAGAUGGGCGCGUUCAAGAAAAAGGCCAUUCCCGGUCAGGUGGCCGAGGAGUCUGACGAAGAUGACCAGGAAAGCGAUGACGAAGAUAACCUCAACGUCGACUUGUCCGAGGGUAGCGAUGAUGAGGCUGCACCCACCAAGUCUACCAAGGUCGAUGCUGAAUCGGCUUUCCCGGACGAACAAGACGUUCAGGCAGAGGAAGAGGACGAAAUCAUCGACUUUACUCGGCGCUUCGCUGUCGUCAACAUGGAUUGGGACAACAUGCGCGCUAUCGACCUCUACACGGUCUUUUCUUCGAUGCUCUCCUCGGCUCAACAACCUCAAGGUUCUUCCCGCCGUCGAGCGGAUCCCUCGACUCCUGUUCCUACGGGCAAGCUGCUGAAGGUGACCAUCUACCCGAGUGAAUUCGGCAAGGAGAGAAUGGCCAAGGAGGAAGCCGAGGGCCCUGCUGCAGAUGUGUUUACUGCGCCCGCCCGUUCGGAAGGACAGCGAGGCAAGGGCAAGGGGAAACAGGUCGAGCUUCGACCGGGCAACCCUAAGCCCAAAGGCGGUCGUCGUCAGCAGCCCGUCGAAGAAGAGAUGGAUGAGAGCGACUUUGACGAAGAUGAGGAAGAGGAGGAAUAUGACGAGGACGCCAGCGAAGGUGAUCUCGACCUCGAGGAGGACGAUGAGCUGGAUGGGGGAUCCGACGCUGACGAAGGGCUAUCCGAGGCGGAUGGCAGCAUCGACGACGUUUUGGGACGGGUUCGGUAUGAUUCCGAGCCUGACGAUAUGGAUUCAAUCGAGGGAGAUGGCGAGAUUGACAUGGACAAGCUGCGAAAUUAUCAGCUGGAGCGACUUCGUUACUAUUAUGCCAUUGUCGAGUUCUCUGACGUCAGCGCGGCUACCUACAUCUACCGGGAGGUAAACGGGACCGAGUUUGAGAGGACGGCCAAUGUCUUUGAUAUCAGCUUCGUUCCCGAUGACAUGGAUUUCGAUGAAGACUACCACGAGGUGGCGACCGAGGAAGCCAAAGGUUACAAGGGGAAUGACUUCGUGACCGAUGCGCUGAGACACUCGAACGUAAAACUCACGUGGGACCAGGACGACCCAAACCGAACCAAGGUCCUUCGAAGAACGCUCACUCGAGCAGAAAUCGAGGAGGACGAUUUCAAAGCGUACCUAGCUAGUUCCAGCGAGGACGAAGAGGACGAAGUCGUAGCGAAAGCAGGCGAAGAUAUCGAGGACGCCAAAGCGAAGCGCCGCAAGGCCAAGGCAAACGCGGCCAAGCUGCGUGAAAUGCUGCUGAAGGGAGGCGACGAUGACGAGGAUGUGUGGGGCAAGGGUUCCCGAGGUCUACCUGAUAUGCAAGACUCGGAUGACAAGGCCAACGGUGACAUGGAGAUCACGUUCAAAGCGGGACUUUCCGGCGCAGUCGGUAAAGAUGACGACCUGGAGAAUCUGACGACGCUCGAAAAGUACCAACGCCGAAUGAAGGAAAAGAAGGACCGAAAGAAGGAGAAACGAGAACUCAAAGCCGGUAGCCGAGCGGACGACAAUGCCGAAAAAGUGCCUGCCGAAGAGGAUGACUUUUUCGGCGGUGAGGAGGAGGAGGUGUCCCAAGCGAUCACGCCCAAGGCGAAGACGGGAAAAAGAGACGCAACGACGAAGCGGAAGGACGAAACUCAGAAGUCGGUCAAGCCCAAUCAGACCAAAGAUCUCUCUGCCAGUCUCGCGUCUGCUGUCGACGAGGCCAAGCAUUUCUCCAUGUCGGAUAUCGUCAAGGCAGAAAAGGCGGAAAACAAAAAGAAGCGCAAGCGCUCAAGAAAAGACAAGACGGAGAGGGAGGUCGAGCUGGGAGACGAAACCUUCAAGGUGGAUGUCAAGGAUGACAGGUUUAAGGCUCUGUUCGAAGAGCCUGAGUUUGCGAUUGACCCGUCGAACCCUCAUUUCGUCAAGACAAAGAACAUGUCUGAAUUGCUCUCAGAAGGGACCAGACGUCGAAAGAGCAAGACCAGCGCGCCCAUCGAACCUCUGGCACCGGUUCGCAAGUCAGACGGCGAGCCCAAAGGCCAGUCUUUGCAGGAUCUGGUGGCGAAGGUGAAACAGUCAGCUAGUGGAUCUACAGAAGGCGGUGGGCAAGGACCCAAGAGGAAGCGUCGCAGACAUUAGAUCACGGAUGUAUUGUGCAUAUCGCAGCAGUUUGGUCCAUUAUCACAUCUUUCACGUGUGGGAGAUGCGAUCGCUGCAUGACGAAUAUGGAUCGGGUGAUCGACAUCACCAACUUGAGCCGCCUCAACUUUGUUGC